AUGAUGAAAUCGGGUUCAAUUGCUGCAGCGUUGUGGGCGGCAUCGGCACUCGCCCAGUCGCAGUAUGGAGAGAACCACGUCACUGUGAAUCGUGACUCGCAGCUCCUGGAGCAAGCGGCGUUUCCCGCACCCAAUGUGACGCUGUAUAGUCCUGCGUUCAUGGCGAAUGCUUCUUUCGACGCAGGAUGGUAUCAAGGCACAGAGGGCGCGACGUCGGCAUCAGCCCUAGAACGCUUCAUGAGCGGACUCGCGGCCAAGAAUCCCUCGUGGAUGACAUACAACACGGCGCCGUUUCUCAGCGAAGAAGGCCACUCAUUCCCAUACAUGUACCUCUCAACCAACAACAGCACCACCAGCACUCCCUCAACCUCCAAGCUCAAACUCUGGAUCCAAGGCUCCGUCCACGGCAACGAGCCCGCAGGCGACGAAGCCACGCUCGCACUCCUAGGCGCACUCUCUGCAAACCCAGCCUGGGCAUCCAGCUUCCUCGCAAGCCUCGAUAUCCUAGUGCUACCGCGCUACAACCCCGACGGAAACGCCUAUUUCCAGCGCACGCUCGCCACGAACUACGAUCCGAACCGCGACCACACCAAGCUGGCGCGGCAGCAAACGCGCGAGCUGAAAACGUGGUUCUCGGCAUACGCACCGCACAUUGCGCUCGACAUGCACGAGUACGGCGCGGGCACCGUGUACGCGGGGGGGUAUCACAAUGCGGCCGAUGGCAUGUUCAGCGCAGCCAAGAAUCUGAAUAUCCACGCGUCGAUCCGCCGGAUAUCCGAGGAGCUGUUUGCGCCCGCCAUCAACGCGUCGCUCAUGGCAAAGGGGAUGCGCGGCGAACAGUACAUGACGGCUGCGAGUCGGGGCACGCCGCCGCGGCUGGUGGAAGCCGGGACAGAUGCAAAGAUAGGGCGGAAUGCCAUGGGCCUGACGCAGUGCAUUACGUUUCUGUUCGAGACGAGGGGCAUAGGCAUUGCGGAGCAGGAGUUCAAGCGCAGGACCGCAGCGGGCUUGCAAAUGAUACUGGGGGUCCUGGAGACGGCGCGCGACCAUGCUGAUGAGGUGCGGCGUACGGUUGACGAGGCAAUUGAGCAGCUUGUCCACGGGAAAGAGGAUGUCGUGGUGACCGACUACGCCGAGUAUGCGGGGCGGACGUUUACCAUGGUGGAGCGCAGCACGGGAGCCGUUGUGCAGCUGCCUGUGGAAUUCGCGAGCAACACGCCUGCGACGGCGAAUCUGACGCGCGCCAGGCCCCGGGGCUACGUUAUCCCACGCGCGUGGGCCGAUCUGGCGGAGCGCCUGCGCGUGUCGGGUCUGGAGGUUGAGGCAAUGCCAGAGGCGUUCCAGGAAGAGGUCGAGGUGUACAACAUCACCUCGUCGAGCCUGGGGUCGUCCUACUACGAGGGCACCAUCCUCAACACCGUGACUACGGAGUCCUCCAUGCAGAAAGUCUCUCUGCCAGCAGGAAGCUUCUUCGUGAGUGCCGCGCAGAAGAACGCAGGCCUCGCCUUUGUCGCCCUCGAACCCGAAAACAUCGACUCGUACGUUUCGUUUGGAAUCGUCCCCAUGGAGGUCGGGGACCAGUACCCCGUGUUUAGGAGAGCAUAG